AUGGUGGUGAUCCGAUAUUUGCUGUUAGCUCGAAAGGCCUUCCGCGUCGAAAACUUGCAAUAUGCAACACAAGCCUGUCCUAGGUCCAGUGUUGCGAAACUAGAGAGCUGGGUCCCGCGACCGCAGCUCUGCGAAAGGGAAGGAUUAACAAUACGAAAUAAACUAUAUAUGCGAAAUAUAAAUGGUGAGAUGGGAUUGAACAAAGGUGCCGUGGGUUGUCGGUUGUCGGUUGGCGAUUGGCGAUGUUGCUCUGUUGGCUGUGGAGAGAAUCCGGCAUCAGGAGAAGAGCAAAUAAAUAAACCUCCUUUUUCCGGCUCUUCUGAACUGCUCCUUCUUCGAAUACAUCGGGCAUAUGUGCAGGAAGAGGCAACUGUCGUUCCCAAGAGAAUCGCAGGAACAACCCAGCUGGGGUUGUCUCUUGCUCAGCCCACGCCUUCCAAAUAUCGUCAUGACGCUGUGUCAAUUGAUCGCCCUUGGAAGGUCCCACCGGGUGGCAGUGGCCUUGUUCUUUCCACGAUCCUUGCGGUACUGCCCAUUGCUGCACGAUCUGAAUAA